AUGGAAACAGUUCUUGGUCGCGGUUAUUCAAUCAAUGAUGAAACUGGUUUAACAGAUUUCUAUUCACCACCAUCAAGUAUUGUUGAUGAAGAUGAAGAACAAGAUGAUGAUGAGGAGGAGGAUGAUGAUUUAUUCUAUCCAGAAGAAAUCGAACCUUUAUUUACUGCUGAAACAAUUAAUAAUACGACUCUUUCUUCUUCAUCUAUUGACGAAAUAAAUGAUAUGAAUUUAAAAAAUGGAUUAAAAUCAUUACCAUUAAAAUUAAUGUCUAUUGAGGCAACACCACCGCCAACACCGCUUAUUCCACGACGUUUACUCGAUCCUAUAAAUACGACAACAACGGCUUUUCAAAAUAUGACAUUUAAUACAACAUUACCAAUAACACCAACAAGAAGUACUGAUAUAACAACAUCAAAUUGGUCAUUAAAUACAUCAUCAACAAGUUCAUUAUUUCCAUGUAAUACGGAUACUCUAUCGAAAACAACAAAUUUAUUGACACCAACAAGUAUGGAUCGAUAUCUUGCUGAACAUCGACCUCUUACUGAUUCAGUAUAUAAAUCAUCAAUAAGUAAAUAUUUAGAAUUUAUUUAUUUAUUUAUUAUUCAUCUUCUAUUUAAAGCACUUGGUACAACAACAAAUAGACAUCAUUCGAUUUCUGUUCAACAUACUGAAGUAACGAAUGAAACAAGUCGAUUAUAUUCUUAUAUGGCUCCUGCUGAUGGUAUAUCAUCAAAUCUUCGAGCAGGAUCUAAUACAUGGUCACCAUUUGAU